UCACUGCAGCCAGUAACCCUAUUCGCUGUCUCACUGUUUGUCAGUGCUUCCGUAACUGACUCAGAAGGCUUCUGGCCCGGCUUCCGAAAACUUGGAUUUUGUGUUCUUAUGUGGUGUAGAAGUUCGUUAAAAUUUUGAGGAUAUUACUUGGUUUGUUUCAGGAGUGCGACUGACUGUUAUUAUUUGUUUUUACGGCCUUUUCAUGUCAACUAUCAUAGGUCUGUGAUCCCGGAAAAGGAGAGCGUUCUUUACCAAAAUGGCCGACUUUGAUGGAGCCUCAGGAUUGAGCGCUAUUGAGCUCAGUUAUCUUGCUAUUGACCGAUCUAUUAUCAACGAUCCAGCUGUCCAGGCAGAAUGGGCAUCCAAGAAGCUCGUAUGGGUGCCAGACGAAAACAAUGGCUUCGUGGCAGCAAGUAUAAAAGCAGAAAAAGGAGACCAAGUGGAAUGUGUUGUGGACGAAACCGGCAGGAAAAUGUUGGUCCACAGAGAUGAUGUCCAAAAGAUGAAUCCCCCAAAAUUCAACAAAGUGGAAGAUAUGGCUGAACUUACCUGUUUGAACGAAGCUUCAGUGCUUCACAACCUGAAAGACAGAUAUUACUCUGGCCUUAUUUACACUUACUCUGGAUUAUUUUGUGUGGUUGUGAACCCCUACAAAAAGCUUCCCAUCUACACAGAAAAGGUUAUAGAGCUGUACAAAGGCAAAAAACGCCAUGAGGUGCCUCCGCAUGUGUUCGCAAUUGCUGACACUGCUUACAGGAGCAUGUUGCAAGAUCGUGAGGACCAGUCCAUCUUGUGCACAGGAGAGUCUGGCGCUGGUAAAACAGAGAACACCAAGAAGGUCAUCCAGUACCUGGCCUAUGUGGCAGCCUCCAACCGCACCAACAGACAAUCGGUCAGCUCGCUCCAAGUGCCUCAGGAUGGAGGGAAAAAUGUAGAUGCUUUGAAACAGAACAAGGAUUUCAACCUUGGAGAACUGGAGAACCAGCUGCUUCAGGCCAACCCGAUCCUGGAAGCUUUUGGCAACGCCAAGACAAUUAAAAAUGACAACUCCUCAAGAUUUGGAAAAUUCAUCCGCAUCAACUUUGAUUCUUCAGGCUACAUAUCAGGUGCCAACAUUGAAACAUAUCUUUUGGAGAAAUCCAGGUCUGUACGUCAGGCAGAGAGUGAGAGAGCUUUCCACAUCUUCUACCAGUUUCUGCUGGGAGCCAGUGCUGCCCAAAGACAGGAGUUUCUGUUGGAGGACAUGAGCAAGUACCGGUACAUGACCAGCGGCAAGAUGCUGGUGACCAACGUGGACGAUGCCCACGAGUUCCAGAACCUGGUCUCCUCCAUGUCCAUCAUGGGCAUCUCGCCCGACGAUCUGUCAGCCGUUCUGCGUACCGUCUCGGCUGUCCUUCUGUUUGGAAACAUGCAGUUCAAACAGGAGAGAAACUCGGACCAGGCUACCCUGCCAGACAAUACAGUGGCCCAGAAAGCCUGUCAUCUGCUCGGGGUCCCUGUCACUGCUCUCACUCAGGCAUUCCUUAAGCCUAAGAUCAAGGUCGGCAGAGACUUUGUCACCAAAGCUCAGACAAAAGCUCAGGUUGAAUUUGCAGUAGAAGCCAUUUCGAAGGCGCUGUAUGAGCGCUUGUUCAAGUGGGUGGUGAUGCGCAUCAACAAAUCACUGGACCGCACCAAGCGACAGGGAGCAAGCUUCAUUGGCAUUUUGGAUAUUGCUGGCUUUGAGAUCUUCAAGUCAAAGGAUAAGAUGAACUCAUUUGAGCAGCUCUGCAUCAACUACACCAACGAGAAGCUGCAGCAGCUGUUCAACCACACCAUGUUCAUCCUGGAACAAGAAGAGUACCAGCGGGAGGGCAUCGAGUGGAAGUUCAUUGACUUUGGCCUUGACCUUCAACCCACCAUUGACCUGCUGGAGAAGCCAAUGGGCAUCCUGGCCCUGCUGGAUGAGGAGUGCUGGUUCCCCAAGGCCACGGACAAGACGUUUGUGGAGAAACUGCUGGCUCAGCACACCACCCACCCCAAGUUUGAGAAGCCUGACUUCAGGGCUGAUGCUGACUUCAGUCUCAUCCAUUACGCAGACAAGGUGGACUACUCAGCCGACCAGUGGCUGAUGAAGAACAUGGACCCUCUGAAUGAGAAUGUGGUCUCCAUCCUGUCUGCUUCAACUGAUCCUUUCGUCGUCAACAUGUGGAAAGAUGCUGACAUUGUGGGCAUGGGAGCAGCAGCAGCUGUGGACACCAUGUUUGGCUCCAGGACCCGCAAGGGCAUGUUCCGCACGGUGAGCCAGCUGUACAAGGAGCAACUGGCCAAGCUCAUGAUGACGCUGCGCAACACUAACCCCAACUUUGUGCGUUGCAUUAUCCCCAAUCACGAGAAGAAGGCUGGAAAGAUUGAGUCCACUCUGGUUUUGGACCAACUGAGAUGCAAUGGUGUUUUGGAGGGGAUUAGGAUUUGCCGCCAAGGCUUUCCCAACAGAAUUUUGUUCCAAGAGUUCCGUCAGCGCUAUGAGAUCCUCACGCCCGCUGCCAUUCCCAGAGGCUUUAUGGAUGGGAAGAAGGCCGUUGAGAAGAUGAUAUCUGUGUUAGAGCUGGACUCGAACCUGUUCCGCAUCGGGCAGAGCAAGAUCUUUUUCCGCGCUGGCGUGCUGGCUCAUCUAGAGGAAGAAAGAGACUUGAAAUUGACAGACAUCAUUGUGCAGUUCCAAGCCCUGGCAAGGGGUCUGCUGGCCAGAAGAAAUUACCAGAAGAGGCUGCAACAGAUCAAUGCUAUUCGCGUGAUCCAAAGAAACUGUGCGGCUUACUUGAAACUCAGAAACUGGCAAUGGUGGCGCUUGUUCACUAAGGUGAAGCCGCUGCUGUCUGUGACUGGGCAAGAGGAGAAGCUGCACACCAAGGAGGAGGAGCUGAAGAAGGUGAAGGACAGCUUUGACAAGCAGAAGCAGGAAACAGAGGAGAUGGAGCGACGCUACGCUCAGAUCAUCGAGGAGAAGAACAUCCUGGCGGAGCAGCUGCAGGCAGAGACUGAGCUCUGUGCUGAGGCUGAGGAGUCGAGAGCACGGCUGAACAAACGGAAGGAAGAGCUGGAGGAUAUUUUGCAUGAACUGGAGAUGAGGAUAGAAGAGGAAGAAGAUCUGAACAAUAAGUUUAUGGAUGAAAAGAAGAUGUUCACUCAAAACAUUAAAGACCUUGAGGAACAGCUAGAGGAGGAAGAGCAGACACGCCAAAAACUGCAGCUGGAGAAAGUGACGGCUGAGGGCAAGAUGAAGAAGCUGGAGGAAGCUGCAGCCAUUUUGGAGGACUCCAACCAGAAGCUGGUCAAGGAGAAGAAGCUGAUGGAAGAACGGCUGGGCGAGGCACAGCUCAACAUGGCGGAGGAGGAGGAGAAGUCCAAGCAGCUGGGCAAGUUGAAGAAUAAGUACGAGGCCAUCAUCGCUGACUUGGAGGAGAGACUGAGGAAAGAACAGCAGGCCCGUCAAGAGCUUGAAAAGAUUCGUAGGAGGCUAGAGACAGAGCUGACAGAUCUGAGGGACCAGUUGAAUGAAAAACGACAGCAAGUUGAAGACCUUCAGGCUCAGUUAGCUAAACGUGAAGAGGAAGUCCAGUCUGCUUUGCGGAAGGCUGAUGAUGAAGAAGUGUCCAAAUCAUCCUUCCAGAAACAGAUGAGAGAAGUAACAAACCAACUCCAGGAAGUCAUGGAUGAUUUAGAGACGGAGAAAGAGGCUCGCAAUAAAGCCGAAAAACAGAAGAGAGAUCUCAAUGAGGAGCUGGAGGCCCUGCGUGGUGAGCUGGAGGAUUCACUGGACACAACGGCGGCCGUGCAGGAGCUGCGGAACAAGAGAGAGCAUGAGGUGCAGGAGCUCAAGCGUAUGGUGGAGAGCGCCCAGAAGGCCCACGAGGAGGGCGUGCAGGAGACCAAGCAGAAGUACAACCAGCAGGUGGAGCAAGUCAGCGAGGAGCUGGAGAAUGUCAAGAAGACCAAAGCAAGUUUGGAGAAGGCCAAGGCGACGUUGGAAGCUGAGACCACAGACCUCGCUAACGACCUCAAAAGUGUUCAGAUGGCCAAGCAGGAGUCUGAGCGUAAGCGCAAACAGGCAGAGAGUCAGGUGGCGGAAAUGAGUCUCAAGCUGGCAGAGCUGGAGCGCACCGCCGGAGACUCAGGGGAAAAGUCCAAAAAAUUGCAGGUGGAGGUGGAGCAGGUGGCCUCCCAGCUGGAGGCGGCAGAGACCAAGGCUCUACAAGGUCAACAGAAGGCCUCGUCUUUGGAGGCUCAGCUGGCAGAUGUACAGGAUACUCUACAAGAAGAGACCCGCCAGAAACUGGCACUGCAGUCCAAGCUCCGUGCCGCUCAGGAUGACAAAGAGAGGUUGGAGGAAAGGGUAGAGGAGGAGGAAGAAAACAAGCGACAGUAUGAGAAACAGAUGCAAGAAAUCAGCCAGAAGCUGAUUGAAGUGAAGAAGAAGGCUGACGAAGACAUGGCCAACAACGAGGCCCUGGAGGAGUACAAGAAGAAAGUGGCACGAGAGAUGGAGCAGCUACAGCAGCAACUGGAGGAGUCGCGCAUACAGAGCGACAGGCUGGAGAAGUCCAAGCGCAAACUGCAGGCUGAGGUGGAUGACAUGACAGUAGAGCUGGAGUCUCAGCGGUCUAAUGUCUCCAACAUGGACAAGAAACAGCGCAAGUUUGACCAGAUGCUGGCCGAGGAGAAAUCUGUUUCUGAGAGACUUGGACUGGAGCGCGACACAGCUGAGAAGGAAAGCAGGGAAAAGGAGACGAAGAUCCUGAAUCUGCAGCGUCUGUUGGACGAGCUUCAGGAGCGGGCAGACCAGCUGGACAGAGCCAAACAGCAACAGGCCCGCGAGCUGGAGGACCUCAUCUCAUCCAAGGACGACGUGGGCAAAAAUGUUCACGACUUGGAGAAGUCGAAGCGUUCCCUGGAUGCCACGGUGGCGGAGCAACGCCAGCAGAUUGAGGACCUGGAGGACGAGCUCCAGGCAGCGGAGGACGCCAAGCUGAGGCUGGAGGUGAACAUGCAGGCCCUGAGGGCUCAGUUCGAGCGGGACGCCGCAGGCCGGGAGGACCAGGAAGAGGAGGCUCGCAAGUCCUUGUUGAAACAGUUGCGCGAGAUGGAAGCAGAGCUUGAGGAUGAGCGCAAGCAAAAGGCUAUCGCGGUCAAUGCUCGCAACAAACUGCAGGGAGACUUGUCUGGUCUUGAACAGCAGGUGGAGAUGGCCAAUAAGGUCAAAGAUGAUGCCGUCAAGCAGUACAAGAGGCUGGCUGCGCAGCUCAAAGACUUCCAGAGAGAACUUGAUGACUCUAGAAUCUCAAGAGAGGAGAUGGCUGGAGCCAUGAAAGACAAUGAGAAGAAGGUGAAGAACCUGGAGGCUGAACUGCUCAGACUGCAAGAAGAGCUGGCCUCAGCCGAGCGUGCUAAGAGGAACGCAGAGUCUGAGAGAGAUGAAAUGGCGGACGAGAUUGGCAGCAGCAGCAGCAGCAAGCAAGCCUUGCUUGAUGAGAAACGUCGCCUGGAAGCCAGAAUUUCUGAGCUGGAAGAUGAAUUGGAGGAUGAACAUACAAACACAGAGCUUAUGAAUGACAAAGCCCGCAAGGCACAACUGCAGGCAGAGCAGAUGGCCGCAGAGCUGGCCUCUGAACGCUCCGUGUCUCAGAAGUUGGAGAACCAGCGGCUGGCCCUGGAGCGCCAGAACAAAGAGAUGAAGGAGAAGCUGUCGGAGCUGGAGGGCCAGAGCCGGGCACGCACAAAGGCCACAAUUGCUGCACUGGAGGGAAAGAUUGCCAACCUGGAGGAACAGCUGGACCAAGAAGCCAAAGAAAGAUCCUCAUUGGCUCGGGCAAACAGGAAGAUGGAGAAGAGGAGCAAAGAGCUUGCGUUGCAGGUAGAAGACGAGAGGCGGAGCGCUGAUCAGUACAAAGACCAGCUGGACAAGUCGAACAACAGGGUGAAAGCUUUGAAGAGACAGCUGGAUGAGGCUGAGGAGGAGGUGACCCGUGCAAAUGGUCAGAAGAGGAAACUCCAAAGAGACUUGGAUGAGCAGAUGGAAGUCAAUGAGAACAUGACCAGAGAGAUGGCCACUCUGAGGAAAUACAGUGUCGGCACCAGCGUGAAUGACACAAAUAACUGCUUGUUUCCUGGUGGCUGGCGAGCACUCUGGCCGUCAGCUUCCCGGUCAGCCCGCUCUGUGAUGUCGACCACGCUGCGCGGCUCGGACACCACCUUGGACGACCAGGGCUCGGAGGACGGCAACGAGGACCAGUCGGAGACAUAAAGACUUUCUUUGUUGCAACCGUUCUUCUCCUCGUGGACAUGACACGGCCUGUGCAGGCGGCUCCAUCGGAAUGUUUUGUGCUGUAGUUAGGGGGUAUCACAUAAUUAUUUUGGUAUUCUUAUAAUCAAAGGUAGAAUUAUCUUUGAGCCCAUGAAUUCUCCUGGAAUUGUAGUAGUGGCUGUAUCCCGGGUCACUGCUGUUGGUAAGGGCAAGUUAUUGUUGCGGCAUGUUUUAUUCCCCAAUCAAAUGUUGACGCGUAUAUUGUAUCCACUUUUUACUGUGUUUGCUGACACUGUACAGUACUGACCAUAGAAUGGGCCUGGCAUUCUCUUUUGUGUUUAUAGCUUUACAAACUGAAGUCACAAGUGAGCCGUGGGCAGAGGAAUUUUCUGUCGAACAGAAUAUAACGGGGUGGAGGGGGGAGCUGAAUUAUUUAGCUUAUGGUUUCGUUUGAUGAGCAUUGUGCCAUGAGUCUAGUGCUCCCUAUUGCUCACCUCCAACCAUCCUCAAGGUCUACAGUAUAGAAAAAGUAAAUUGUACCAUAUGACCGCCACACAGUCUUAGUGCCUGUGGCUCUGAAAGGACUGUAGUACUAGUGAUUGCUUUUGUUGCCGAAUACAGCCUUUACAGGUGUAGUCCUUGUCCAAAAACUGCUGUAGACUGGUCGUGUUCAACCACAGGCCACAAAAGAAUAUGAAAACUGAAGCUGGAACCAAUUCUUAGCCUGAGAAAUUUUUGCAUGCUGUGUGUCACAGGUGAGGAUGUCAGUUCCAUAGCUCAAUGUAGUCUAGGACUUUGUAUAAACAAAUCAUGAUGAUCAUGUUUACCUGAAAUCUAAAAAUGAGGUUGCAUUUUUUUUUAGUUGUUACCAGUGCUUUCUAGAGCUUUAUCUUUUAGUUCUGUGGCUCAGAUCUACCAAUGUCAAUUGAUGAUUUUGUGUUUGAAUAUUUGACAGAGUAUCAGUGGUAGACUGCUCUUCGUAUGUAAAGCGUGAAUAUUAAAAGAUGCCUUUGCAUUUGAAUGUAGUGUUCUGCUUUUUCUUCCAAUAAAUUCAUUGUGUUCAUAGAGAACUAAGGAAAACUAGAGUUAUCUGCUUUCUUUUUUAUUUCUCAUGAUGUAUGUGAAGGUAUCAAUUCCAUAGUGUCGUAAUACCAUACAAUUUUUUAUGUAUUGGUUUACUUAUUUCAAUUCAAUGAAUGCUAUUAGUUAUCGUUGUGUAAUCUACAUCUAUCCUUUAUAACUUUAUUAUGAUUUUAUUACCAAAUUAUCUGAAGGAGUGAUGCAGCACUUAAAUGCUGCUCCUUAUUUUUGUGUCUUGAGGCCAAAUACUGAGUACCUCAAAGUAGCAAACAUUUGGCCUUGAGUGGACACCAGCAGGAUAUCUAUGCUGCCAGGCCUAGCUCCCCAAGACUUGAGGCUAGUACAACGCCCGGCACUGGAAUAACCCUGGCUCUGGCUCAACCUGUCAGAUCCCAAGACAUUGGGCAGGUGCACGGUGGUGCUGUCUGUCCCAGUUUUGAACCAUAUCGCACGUGUUAAUUCCAGGCAGUUAAAUAUCAAGCUCAUUCCAUAGACCUGUAAAGUAUUUUUCUUUAUAUAUUCUCUUUCAUUUUCUAGACUUCAGUUUUGACAUUUUUAAUCUGUCUUUCAGUCAGACAGAGGGUGGAUAUUUGGAGUGCAUGUUUGCAUCCAAUAGAUAUAUUUGCAUUUGCCACCUUUUCAUGGCUCUGAGCUGUGAGUGAAGUUUUCGGGGGGUCAGAGGGGACUGCGAUUGUUGAAGUAUUGCAUGUUAUAUAACCCAGAUGAUGGUACAGACACCUGUAGUACAGCGAGGACUGGCUUUGUAGGGGAACUAAUUACCAAAAAGAGAACUAAUAUUUACUCAAUACAAUGUAUUGUAUUCUCCUUCUCCUUAUUGACCACCUAGUGUGUAGGUGACAUUUUAGAGAAGAUCACCUAUUUCCGCUGUUGGACGUAAGCUUUCUGCUUUGAUUAAUUGUUUUAGAAACCAGUUUUGUCUUUGGCAUAGCGUUACUAAUAUUGAGUCAAAUUCAGUAUGACUGUCCAAGCAGUUGUUUGUUGCAUUCCACCAAUAGAUCCUUUUUCAGGGGAUGGAAUAUUUGUGCAGUGUGUAAACCUGUCUGUUAGCAGGGCAUCUUCUCUUGGUAUUACCAUUAUUGCAUUUAUCAAUGCAAACUCAUGCGUAGUGCAAAUUCUAGUAAUGAAAGCAAUUGCUAAAAAAAUAUUCCAUGCAAAACUGUUCAUUCAUUUCUCUACUAAAUAAAUAUGAAAAGGAAAUUCCCCAUUGAAAUGGUAACUGUUGACACUGACGGGAUCAAAAUGGUAUCAGUAUUUGUUAUUAUAUUGGUGCCUGAACUUUGUUGGACUGCAUUGAAUGAAACUUCCUCCCUCCAAACCUUUCAUGAUUUAUUAACAAAACAAAAAAAGAAUGUCUUUUGUGUAGCCACACUUGUUUCAUUACAGCUUGAUGCAAUAAAUACAUCAUGUACUGCUUUGCUGAACUUCCAAAUAAACUCUCAAACACUUAGCACAG